AUGUGCAACACCUAUGAAUGCCCCAGCACCCCGCCGGUCUACAGCGAGACGUUCGCCAAGCAGUUGUGGCAGCUGCAGGGCGCCGGCAAGGUGGCCACCACGGAAACUAAUUUCACGAGCUGCUAUUUGAACGCUGAUCCUCUUGCAAAUUUCGUCGCACGCAUCAACGUCAGCUGCGGAGCGCCGCUCCCCGUCGAUCGUUGCGUUACCGACGUCUACAUCCUGCCCACCUCCAAGUCGAUCGCCGCGAUAUCCCUCGGAUCCGAAGGCACCACCCAGCUCCUCCAAGUUCUGACUACCCUCACCACUCCAGGCCUCUCUUUGAAUGGGGCGCUCGUCUACUGGGAAACGGCGUUCAACAGCGUAUGGAAAGGUGGGCUUCAGUCGAACCUGUCGGCCCUGCUCACUAAUGCGACUUAUGCUGACUAUCAGUUCGUAUCGUCGGGCCACUCACUUGGCGGAGCCAUGGCGCUGCUCAUCACGAACGCGGUGGCUGAUGAAGAGUGGCGCGGGCCAGAUGCCAUCCAGACGAUCACCUUCGGACAGCCCCGUCUCGGAUCUGCCGCUCUCCAGAAUUCCAUCUACCAGAAGGCCCCCUAUCACUUCCGUCUGAAGAAUGCUCGCGAUGCCAUCACCUCGCUACCGGUCCGUCAGACCGGGGUCGAACACAGCAAAUUCCCGGUCUACUACCCGAUUGGAAUGAACUCUACGGGCCUGGCCGCCAAGGUCAUCUGCAACUCAAAUGAGGAUCCCGCGUGCACUACUCUCUUCCUACCCACGGACCUAGCGCUCAGCUACCACAACACGUACUUCAACAUUGACAACGUGGAGACGUGGCAUACCAACAGCUGUGCGUAC